AAAGUUUAAAAACAUUUUUAUUUAUUCGAGAAUUAUUUUUCUGAAGUGUUACCUACACUGAUAAGUUUUGUCAUCCACCCUAAACGUCAUCCGUAUGUCACGUCUGCUUAUGAUGUUAUGAUUUGCGCGGGGGUUAGCUAUUGCAUUAAUAUAGCUGAUAUUUUGACGUGUCAAUUCUCUAUUAAUGAAUAAGUUGUCGGUAAUAUAAUAUUAAUUGAAUCUUAUACCAAUAGUUUAUCGUAUUUAAUUGAAGUUGAAUGUAAAUGUUUUUGUUCAUUGAUCAACUUAGCGGAACUGUUCUCAUUAUAAAACAAAAUGGGUUUAUGUAAGUGUCCAAAGAAAAGAGUUACGAACCAGUUUUGUUUCGAACAUCGAGUAAAUGUCUGUGAACAUUGUAUGGUUACAAAUCAUCCCAAGUGCAUCGUACAGUCUUAUCUGCAGUGGCUCCAAGAUAGUGACUACAACCCAGUGUGUGAACUCUGUACCAAGGAGCUAGCCAGUGAAGACUGUGUCCGUCUCAUUUGCUAUCAUGUGUACCACUGGGCCUGCCUGGACCAGUACGCCCGGCAGCUGCCCGCAACCACCGCCCCUGCCGGCUACGUGUGCCCCUCGUGCAAGGUGGGCCUGUUCCCCGCCGCCAACCUUGUCUCCCCUGUCGCCGACGUCUUGCGGGAGAAGCUGGCCGGCGUGAACUGGGCCCGAGCUGGCUUGGGGCUACCACUGCUGAGUGAAGGCCACGAGCAGCGGCCGAGCGUGGAGAGCCGAACUGUGCCGGCGGAUAACGGUUCUGGAGGGACCGCGAACCACGCUGAUCUGGCGACUACCAGUCAGAGGCAGAGCACGCCCAAGAAGCCGGUUGUGCCCACGUACGAUGCCAACCACUCGAUGCCUGGAGGCGGCCCGCACUCAGUAGUCCACGUUGAUGAUGCUCCGUCUGCUUUCAGCCGCAGUGAUAGCUUCCCAGUCACAGGUCAAGUACCACGUCGUGUUUUUCAAGCGCUCGACGAUCCCAAAGACGUGUCGUUUGACCACGACGAGAACAAGUAUAAGCGAAGGUCAGCGCUGGAGUGGUUUGCACGAUGGUGGAAGUCGAUGUCAGGUCCAUCACACCCUUCCAGGAGGGGCGGGGCUCACCUUUACCGUCGCUACUGGAUGGCUGUCAUCCUCUUCAUCGUUGGACUGCUGACGCUCAUCGCAGUCUUCUCGUGGCUCGGCCGCAUCGCCACUGCAGAUGACCCCAACCUAGAUCCUCACCAGAAUCCAAAUGUCCGUGUAGAGUAAACCGAAGGGAUACUGUUAUACGCAUUCAGUGUGAACGUGUUUGUGUCAGUGAUGGCGUGUGAGAGAAAAUUCUGGCCAUAUGGGGUUUGUUCUAGGCCCCUGUACAUCCCAAUAAAUGUAGCAGCAUUUAAUGAUUAUAAGGAAUACAUUCCUUCUGUAUGGGGAUGUAUGAAUGUGUUUUUAAGGUGCAAUUUUUAAAAUGAACAGUAACAUUUUUAAUAAAAUUUAUUAAUCUAAAAAAUGAUUUAUUUCAAAGAAGAGAGGUAAAAGCAUGUGUGAAUUUCACAAUAAAUUUUUUGUAUAACUGUUUUUUUCAGUCUGGUCAUAGUUGUAUCCAACACUACAAAUUAUUUGUACCUCUCUUUAACAAACUAGGUAUUUUUUUCUUAUUUUGUAAAAAGUUGGUAUAUAAUAAAUUCAGUAAAAUGCCUCAACAUUUUUUCAUUUUCACUAAUAAUCUGUUCAUAAAGUUGUGUUAAAAAUUAAUUAGAUUACAUUAUAUUUUAUGUAGCCUGUUUAUUUAUAAAAUUGAAACCGAAUGCAAUAUCCAAAUUUAGCUAUAAAAUCAUUGUCACAAAAACAACCCCACACUGUAAUGUCGGUUGCCAGAUUGUUGUGUCAUGUCUGAGAGACACACAGGGCUACCAACUUAUUGGCAGCCAGUAAUACUUUAUAGUAGUGCAAGAAAUUCAAGUCACCUAACUCCAAAACCUUACCUACAACUGGAGAUUUAAUUAGUGCAACUAUUAAAAACAUAGCUAAAUCAAAGGGAUUACCUAUAUUUUGACUUUUAUUGUAUCAACAGUAAAGCUGUUUUUGAUGCAUUGAAUGGUUGAGAGAACCAGUCCAAAUAAUGUGACAUGAUGUCAGGGGGGAUGUGUGUAAUUAACGUUUAUGGAUGUUCGUUGUUAAAUCUUGAGCACUACCUUGUGGAUGGGCACUUGGACCUAGCUGAGACUCUGAACCACAGGUACCGUGCAGGUACUAGGCUCGAUCAAUUCUACCCGCAGUGUAUCAGACCAUGAAAACUCGCCACUGACCAGACGCCUUAGUCUCUCAGUAGUACACACGUGGUUGCUAGAAAGUAUGUGGCAGGUGUUCUGGUAAGAUAAGAUUUAUUUGCAAUAAUCACUACACAGAGUAAUUAAGAGAAAUAAUUGCACACAAUCUGUUUAGAUGCGGUCCAGGGCAUCACGUGACCAAGACUAGAAAAAUCAUGUUCUUGGAUGGUUUAAAAUAUCUGCAAACAAAAUUAAAAAUAUUUAGGUAAAAAUCUACCUACCAAGCAAUCAGACCUAAACCUAGCUCAAAAUUGGUCUAAAUUGCACAGGAAAAAAAGCACUUGAAGAAUUACCGUAUUUACUCGCAUAUAGGUUGCAGCAAUUUUACCAGAUUUGAUGGGGAAAAAAUGAAGUGCGACCUAUAUGUGAAGAAAUUUUUUUUUUUUAAUUCUUGAGAAAUUUUUUUUGCAAUAUUUUGCUUUAAAAUGCGAAAAAGAAGUUUAUAUAGGUAUAGGCAAAUUUAUUUACAAUGUACACAUACAGCGAAACCCCUUAUUUACGUUACCGUUAUUUACGUUUUCCCAUUAUUUGCACUAUAUUCUUCAGGUCCCGUUUAGUUCCCAUUUAGUCCAAUAAAAUACUUUCACACAAAUUACGACUCAAAAAUCGGAUCCAUCCCGCUAUUUACGUCACGUAACAAUGAUAAACAACCAGAAAAUACCGUGGGUACUUUAAGAGUAGAUAAGAUUAGCUAGUAGGCCUAAAAACACUAAAAACAUCGUGAAAAACGUAACGUUUAUAGUCGGCAAUGAACAUUUUAAAUCGCAAAAUAUACAUAUUUUAUAACAUGAAAAGUUGCUUUUAUUUCUAAACAUGUAAUAAUUUAAGCCUAGGCGUGUAAAAGUCAGAGAAAUUAUAGCAGGAGACAAUCUAAAAUGCACGAGGGAAAAACGUAAACUCAUGAAUGUAUGAACGUGGCUGAUUGUUAAUUUCUGAUACUGUAUUUAUGUCACAACUUAGCCGAAAUACUGGUACGAGACAAACUUCACAAGAUAAAAUGAGCGGAGUCUUGGUAACUGUUUUAUACGUAUUUUAUAAUUUCAGAAGUAUUGUACAGUUGACGCAUAUUUUUUAAACUAACAAUUUAUUUCUGGGGAUCGUAAUUAAUUAAUUAUUGGUAUCAAGACAUCAAGAUGGACGUAAACUUGAACAUGUCACGGCAGCGAGAAAACUGGUGCGUAUACCAAUAAACUGGUAUUAGAACUGGACAAAACUGGUACACGGGAGGUGGAGCUUAUAUUUUGUUCCGCUAAGCUCGCAUCUAUUGGCUGGCUGCUGAUGCAAGGUCACGAGUCUGGGCGGAGCGUUGAGUGAGUUAUACUGCGCAUGCGCAGCUCAGUAAACAAAGAGAGCCAGCAGGCACGCCGUAACAGUAGCUGAUCGAGUACAAUGACCUUUCUCCGCGCACCGCGCACGGCGCGGUAAUGAAUUACUGGUGCAACCUAUAUGGGGGGGAAUCUUAAAUACCAAAUUCAAGACCUCAAAUUAUGGGUGCGACCUAUCUGCGAUGGCGACCUAUAUGCGAGUAAAUACGGUAGUUGUAUUCAAAAAUACAUUCAAGUUCCAAAAACAUAUGUUACUGUUAAUGGUUGAUAAUAGAAAUAACGUCUCUCUGACAAAAACUGAUUUUUACUACUUUUUUAAUUAAUCUUUCACAUGGCAGCCAUCUUUCAACUAUGAGAAAAAGUACUUGACAAAAAAUAAAUCUUCACAUGUGCAAACAACAGGGUUCAUUACUUAGCCUCGAUAUUAAAAACUGUUCCAUCAAUUGAAUUAUGGUUGUUUACAAUGCAUGGAACCGAUGGCUGAGAGACCAUGUCUGCUUGUCAUGGCCACUUACUGACUAAAAUUCUCCACUCUAGGCCUUCGCUGCCACCUGUGGUCAUAAAGUUCUAAUUAACUGUCCAAAGUAAGGUUAAUAAUAGUGUGGCCCAGACUACAGGCGUGAAGUACUUCACUAAAUUAAUUAUAUUGAAUUGGCGAGCUGUUGCCCAACACGACUACUCUCUCAGGUGACUUAAUAUCAACUGACAUGACCGCUCUAUGACUCCAACUCCAGCUUCAUAUCAACUGGGAGGAGCUGGACUCGUGCCGCCAUCAACAACCAAUCACAGAGCCACUUACAAUUUCAACCAAUGGCAAUAUUAAACGCAGAAAAAUCCAUAAAUCAUGGGCACUUAGCAACAGCACUUGGGCUAAAUCAAGAGUUUUUCAUACGCUUACAGAACUCUCUUUCUAACUCCUAUGUGCCUGGCAAAAUUGUUACAUCAGCCAGCCCUCGGACAAAAACAAAACGUUUGCUAAUAAUACAAAAUAAAAUAUGUGGACAUACAUACAAACUUAACAAGCAAGCAAAAAUUGGUUAGAAUUAUUUAAAAUAAAGUAAGUAAACUAACUAAUCAGAACUAUGAAAGAACAUGAAAAAUGUAAAUUUUGAUCAUAAAAGCACAGAAUUGACUUACAAAAACCUCUGAAAUAGGCAAAUAACUAUUACUGAAAACAUACUAGAAAAACUAACCAUAGAUAAUUUCUGAUUGUAAAAACUAAUAAAUGGGCGUUAGAAUUGUUAGAACCCGGGGUAGGCCUUGAAAAGAAAAGGUUUAAAAAUAAUUAAGUGGAAAGCAGAUGUCUUAAGGUGCGAUGAUGGCUGCUCCUACUCCAGGUGACUAUCUAGCGGUCUGCACAGGAAGACUCCCAAUGAGCUUUAGGGCGGACUCAGAAUUGUGCUGUGGCCGAAACAAUAUAAACCCUUCAUUAUUCAAACAAAACAUAUACUAAAACUCUGAUGAGGUUACACUUGUUAUUUAAAUCCUCAGACAAUGUAGAGUUGUUAAAAUAAACCACUUGAGCAGGGUGAAUUCGGUGCACAUAUCGCUGCUCUAUCAUUAAAUUUACCUGCAAUACAUAACUACUCCGGGGCUUGAAAUAAAAAGUAAAAAUAACAAUUACUAUCUUAAUCAGCUAAUUUAAUAUUAUUGUGGUUCAUAGCACAGACUCUUCACAUGUCUCUUGCGGUGGUGGAGCGAGACAUGCGUGCACACACACACACAAAUACUACUGGUAAGAAGUUUGAAAAUACAUGGCAGAGGA